CACAAUUUUAUAUUCAUAAUUUAAAAAAACACGUGUGUGGUUUUGUGAAUAAUAAUAAGAAAGAAUAUAUGAUUAUAACUAAGUACGUGGUAAAUCCAGAUAUUAUAUAGUGUGCUUAACUUAUAUUUAAUACAAUGGCUGAGGUAACAGUAAAGAAAGAAAAGAAGCACAAGGUGAAAAAUUUGGGAGAAAGACAGAAAACCGAAACAUUCCACUUAGAACCUUCUGAGAAAAAACCUCAAUUAGAUACUUCACAAUGGCCAUUGCUGUUAAAGAACUUUGAUCGCCUGAAUGUCCGUACUAAUCAUUACACACCAUUGCCCUAUGGGUCUUCACCGUUGAAGCGUGAGCUUUCAGAAUAUAUCAAAUCCGGCUGUUUGAAUGUAGACAAGCCUUCAAAUCCUAGCUCACACGAGGUCGUGGCUUGGAUUAAGAGGAUUUUGAAAGUGGAGAAGACUGGACACAGUGGGACACUUGAUCCUAAAGUAACAGGAUGUCUUAUUGUUUGUAUCGACAGAGCUACUAGAUUAGUCAAAUCUCAGCAAAGUGCUGGUAAAGAGUACGUUGCUGUUUUUAAACUUCAUUCAGCAGUAGAAAGUGUUGCAAAAGUUAACCAAGGUUUAGAAAAGCUACGUGGUGCCUUGUUCCAAAGGCCCCCUUUAAUAUCAGCUGUAAAGCGUCAACUACGUGUAAGAACUGUCUAUGAAUCUAUCCUGCACGAUUAUGAUGCAGAGCGCAACAUGGGAGUAUUCUGGGUCAGCUGUGAAGCCGGUUCCUACAUCCGUACAAUGUGUGUGCAUUUAGGUUUAGUUUUAGGCGUAGGCGGUCAAAUGUUGGAACUCAGACGUGUCAGGUCUGGUAUCCAAGGAGAGGAAGAAGGCAUGGUGACAAUGCACGAUAUCUUAGACGCACAAUGGUUAUAUGAGAAUCACAAAGAUGAAAGUUACUUGAGGAGGAUUGUUAAGCCUUUAGAAGUACUUCUAGUUCGUCAUAAACGUAUCAUAAUGAAAGACAGUGCUGUGAAUGCUGUUUGUUACGGUGCCAAAGUUAUGUUACCGGGCGUCUUGAGGUAUGAAGAUGGAAUCGAGAUGAAUCAGGAAAUUGUUAUUGUUACUACUAAGGGAGAAGCUAUUGCAUUAGCGAUCGCUCUAAUGACCACAGCAACAAUGAUGUCAUGUGACCAUGGAGUCUGUGCUAAAUUAAAACGUGUGAUAAUGGAGCGAGAUACAUAUCCCAGAAAAUGGGGCUUAGGACCUAAGGCAUCACAAAAGAAGUCUUUGAUAGCCGCAGGCAAACUAGACAAACACGGCAAGCCAAAUGAAAACACACCAAAGGAAUGGCUUACUGGAUACGUAGAUUACAGUAUUAAGAAAGAACCGGGGGAUGAACAAGAGGCUUCUCAAUCAGCUACUAACGGGUCUGAAGAACCUACAAAGAAACGUAAGUUAAGUUCUGGUGAUGCAUCGGGAAGUGGUGAAGCAAUGGAUGUUUCGACAUCAGAAAAGAAAAAAAAGAAGAAGAAGAAGCGUGAUGAAGACCCUUCCACCGAACCAGCAGCAGAAGAAGCGGCUGCUGAAGAAGAGACCACGGAGGCACCAGUAGAAAAGAAGAAAAAGAAGAAAAAAGACAAAAAACCGAAAGAAGAAAGCGAUUAGAAACUGACUUAGAUAUUAUCAUUUGAGUAUGUAUAUAGAGAAUUAAUAAUUUUCGAUUCAAUUUUAAAAUUUUAGAUUUAUACUGUUAAAGGAUUCAUAUUUUUUUAUGGACGUCUAUAUAGUGUAGUAGAGAUAUUCUACUUUUUUCUAGUUAUGGUUAAAAGAAGUGCAUUUAAGAAUAU